GCGCGUUUUGAAACGGGAACUUUUCCAAACUCCAUGCUAUAAGAAGAAUAAAAUUCCUCCUUCCAAAUCCCCAGUUUCUCCGGUUCUGAUCUUCUCCAUCUCGUCUCUUUCCUGUUCUCCGGUGGCGCCGGCGAAAAGGGAUGGCGGCGCCGAACAUCGAAUCAAUAGCCGCUUCGCUGAGGAACUGCUCCCUUAACAGCAGAAGAGGAGCAGCAUCGCCGCCGGCGGCGGCGGAGAGCGAAGAGGUAACGGUGGAGCUCAACUCCGGUACAGCGUUUCCCAAUCACUGGAAGCAAUGCCUUGACAUGAAGACAGGGAAGCUGUUCUAUGUGAACGGGAAGAGCGGUGAGAGGAGAACAGAGGUUCCUCGGAUUGCAGCCUCCGGCCUUCAGGCGAGCUAUAUCUCAUCAGAAGACGACAACUCCGAUGAUGCCGGAGGCAGCAAAGAGGAAGAAGACAAUGACGGUGACGUUGAAGACUGCAGCUCGCUUGCCGGCGAUGGAACUGACUAUGAGGAUUUUUUCGGUGUUAGCAGCAGAAACUCUCACAAUUCAUCCUCGGAUGACUCCUAUGCCGGCGACGGUAACCGUGGCGCGGGGAGUCUAAUCCUCGUCGUCGCGGGCUGCAAGUCUUGCUUCAUGUACUUCAUGGUUCCGAAACGUGUCGAGGAGUGUCCUAAGUGCGGCGGCUGUCUCCUCCACUUCGACUAAGUCGCGGCGGCGGCGGUGCCGGCGGCGGCGGUUUGAACGAGGACGGACAAGCUAGCUUUUUCAUCGUCAAGCUCAAAUCUUUUUUCUUCCUUUUCCCUUUUUUUGGUUACUCGAUGAUGCUAUGACAGAGAAAAAGUUCAAGAAACAGAAAAACAAAAAGCUUUUCAUUUUAUGGUUGAUUCUCUGUAAUGCCGUCUAUAUUGAUUCUUCUUAAGAAAUUUUAGUGAUUUUAUUUUCCAAUU